AGUGUCAACGCUUGUAUAUGUUUUGUGGAAGCUGUUGUGUGCUGGAUUAAGGUGGCCUUAUACCCGGGUGUUAAUUUGACCAUUUCGCCAGCCAAUAUGGAUCGGAGGGAAGUGGCCCGGGCUAUUGCUUCCCACCGGGGGUGUGGGUCUCGUGUGGUGUUGCUAUUGUUUCCAGUUCUAUUACUGCUGGUGCACACCGGAAAUGCCGCUGAACCGACGUCUUUGUCUGAGCGGAAUGAGGCCAACUCGCCAUCGGAUAACGGCGGUACUCCUGCCCAACCGGAAGUACAUCGUCAGCCCUUCGUUAAGCGUCCUUUCUGCAACAUCUAUGGCGGCUGUUCAGCCGCAUACCAACUGGGUUCCCGUAAACGCUGGCUGUUUGCCCCUAGCGCUGCCGGUGGUGGUGGUGGUAGUGGUGCGUCAUCCGCAGAAGGUACCUUUGUCCGUUCGACAAAUAAUGCGGCCAAUAUGCCCAGUGAAAAGGAGCUGGAUGACGCACUAACCGUAAUCGCCGCCGCGGAGGGCAGUUUCCUCAAGAAUGCCUAUCGAGCACGUCUUCGGGACCUAUUUCGUCCCUAAAUAUAAAAGGUCAAUGAGGCGGAAACUCUAUUUUUAAACUGGGAAAGCAUACCGAUGUAAAGAGUGUACAGCGUACCAAUGGUGUCACGUAGUAGUCGGCAUUAAGCGUUUUUCCGUAGUUUUUGAUUUGCAUAUGAUCAAUAAAUCCUGCUGACGUACACUUUCCGCUCAUCAACAUGAAUGAGCACGAAUUAUUUGAACAGUUAUUUGUUAAGAACACAUGCAUGAUAACAAUUUGGGAAUAUAUGGGUGGACGUUUGCGUAAUAUGUGUUAGCAGCAGCUUUGAUUUGUUGCACGCAUAUUGGUUUACGGUGCAUAAUGAGAUCGCUAUUAAAUGAAAACCUGCAGCCAGCAUCUGUUGCAUGUGAUUAUUAUAUCGCACAAUACAAGCUACUACACUGGCGUUCCCGUUAAUCAUGCAAGAGACCAGUAAAACUCAAAAU